AUGUAUUUUAGAAUAUUUUCUGUCGUUACGUUUGCUGCAACAUCAAUCGGUCGAACUGUUGCCCUAGUGCCAAGUUUCAGUAAAGCAAAAGCAGCUGCAUUGAAAAUAUUGACUUUAAAUAAUCGAAAAUCUAGAAUUGAUCCAGAUAGUUCGGAUGGACGUAUACCUUCGAAGUUAAUAGGAAAAAUUGAAUUUAAAAACAUUUGGUUUCAAUAUAUUGAUGAAAUAUUUGUAUUGAAAAACGUCAAUUUGACAUGUAAUGAAACUGAAAUGAUUGCUUUAGUGGGAACAUCCGGUUCGGGAAAAUCAACAUUGAUCUCGUUAUUCGAACGAUUUUAUUCUCCAACUACUGGACAAAUACUUCUGGAUGAUAUUAACAUAGAAGAUUUGAAUCUUCGUUGGUUACGUUCGCAAUGUUCAUAUGUCGAACAGGAACCAAUUCUAUUUAACACAUCGAUUCGAGAAAAUAUUUGCUAUGGAAUGGAGGAUGGUGUAUCUCAAGAACGAAUUGAAGAAGCAGCUAGAAGAGCACAUGUUCAUCAUAUAAUACAAUCAUUAGCAAAAGGUUAUCAUACAAUGUGUGGUUGUAAAGAGAGCUUAAUGCUGUCUGUUGGAGAAAAACAACGUAUUGCGUUGGCUCGAGCAUUUAUUCGAGAACCAAAAAUUUUGCUACUGGACGAACCGACAGCAGCACUUGAUGCUAGAUCAGCUGAAAUUGUUCAAAAUGUCAUCAAUGGUCUUAAUCCAAUGCCGACAUGUUUGAAUGCUACUCAUCGUCUGUCGACACUCGAUCAUAAUACAUCAACAGCUCAAAUAGCAGUUGUUCAUUAUGGACAAAUACGCCAAAAAGGCACAUAUCAUGAACUCAUAAAUACAGAAGGAGGAAUUUUUCACCGAUUAGCCACCAUAUCACCAACUUGA